AAAAUAAAACAGAAUCCACCAAACAAAUCGCGGAGUUCCCAACGCCCUCCGCCCUCCCUCGCCCGCAUUUCCCAAUCCAACCCGCCGCGCCAUCGCCGGCGACGCCACCACCGUCGUGGAACCGCCGCCCCUCCUCCUCCUCCCCACCCUCCCCUCCCCUCCCCGCGCGCCCGAAUCGCGCCGCGGAUUCCGCCGCCCCGCCGCGUCUCCUCCCCCGAUCUCGGCGGGGCAGCCGCUAGGGUUUCGAUUCGCCAGGGCCGGCGCCCGGGCCCUGAUCGGAAGGCCUCCUUCGUCGCCCGGCGGGGCACGGCGGGAACCAUUUUCCGGGGAAGGAUACGGCGAUGGAGGGGCACGUGUUCGGAGGCGGCAGCUGGGGCCCGUCGCCCUACCCUGGCUCCAACGCCAACGUCAACAUCAGCGCCGACGAGAACCAGCUCCUGUUCGGUGCCAAGGCGGCGCCGCCGCAGCUCCAGCUCUUCGGGAGCAACGUCGUUGGCACCAGUGGAUAUUAUAGCUACAAUGGAAAUGACAACCCAUAUGUUAUGAAUCAACCAAGAAAGACAAGCAAUUGUGCAGCGGAUGAAAAGAAGCUCAAGCUUCAGAUGUCCUUGAACAACUUUCAUGCAGGAGAUGCUGACCGGUUGGCAUGUACUGGUAAUUCAAGUGUUGUGUCUACUGGGCUGAAAUUAUCCUACGAGGAUAAUGAGCGUAAUUCUUCCUUCACGUCUGGUAGUGGAAGCAUGUCUUCUUUGACUUCCACGACGCCUUUUGGUCAUGAUAUUAUGACUGAAAUGGAGAAAGGAAACAAAGAGAUUGACUAUUAUUUGAGAAGUCAGGUGGAACAACUCAGUAGGCGUGUGAAAGAGAUGAAGCAGAAGCAGAUGGUUUCUCUCGUGGCUACUCUGGAAAGAGGAGUGGGAAAGAAGCUGAGGGAGAAGGAGCUCGAGGUGGAGGCCAUGAACAGGAAAAGCCAGGAGCUGAAUGAACAGAUCAGACAGGUGGCCAUGCAGGUCCAGUCAUGGCAGUCGGCUGCGCUCUACAACGAAUCCGUCGCCAGCACCCUGAAGAGCCAGCUCAUGCAAGUGGUGGCCGACCAUGCCAACCGCACCAGGGAAGGCUGCGGCGACAGCGAGGUGGAGAGCGCUGCUGCAUCUGGCCAGAAGAACAUCAACGCUGCCCCUGGAGGCUUCUUCGAGUCGAGCCUCCUCCCAGGAGUGAAGAGCGGCGUGGCCGGCAGCGGGCUGGCGGCCUGCAGGUGGUGCGGAGCUAAGGAGGUGGCGGUGCUGGUGAUGCCGUGCCGCCACCUGUGCUUGUGCGCCGACUGCGAUAGGGUCACAGAUGCAUGCCCUGUCUGUCAGUACCCCAAGAGUGGUAGCGUUGAGAUCAACAUGUCCUAGCAUCAAUCCUGUGUGCGUGGAAUUGGACUGGACAGUGGUGUUAUGACUCCAGUACAUAUAGUAAAACCCUCCCUGUCCCCUUUGUUUGCACAUCGCAAGCUGUAGUCCUAAAAUUUUGGUGGUGGACAUAGAUUGUUAGUCCGGUCUGGAACGAUCAAUGUUUUCCAGGAUCCUGCGAGAUUGUUGCGAAAUACCUUAGUUCCAAACGCA